AUGCUAUCGUUCAAACGCGGGCUUCAUAGCACCGCUGUGUCCCUGGCACGAACCAAAUACACGAAGCCUAAGCCCAAGCCCAAAUCAAGACCCCAUGUGAGACCCCCAACGCAGCACACGCACCACAGCAAUGACCUGAGCGUUACUGCACCCAUUCCUCCUGCAGCUGCCAACAUUGUGACCCCAGAUGAUCAUCCACUGUGGCAGUUUUUUGCAGAUAAAAAGUACAUGCGUAAGUUUGACGAACUGGAUAACGAUUCCAGAGCCUGGAGCAUUCCGGAGCUCAGGAGAAAGUCUUUCGACGACUUGCAUUCGCUGUGGUACACUAGUUUGCGCGAAAGAAACGUUUUGGCGCGCGAAAAUCACCUGCUGAAAAACGACAUGGGUUCUAAUCAGGACUCGUAUGAAGCCGUGGCCGAAAAGAUCAGAACGUCCAUGUGGAGAAUAAGGCACGUCCUAAGCGAGCGUGAUUGGGCCUUUAAAAAAGCAAAUGAGCAAUUCGACUCUCACAAGAACAAAUUUCUGCAGGAGUUCGAAACUGACUUUCUAGAGGCUCCCAUAGUUGAGGACGAGGAAUGUUUUGAAAAGUUGACACGCUUACAGAGCAGUGUUUUUGGUAUAAGUGAGUUUAUUGAUGAGAAUAUUGUGGAUCGGACUUUCGUUGACGGAAUGAAAUACGUUGCAAAUCUCAAACUCAAAAAGUUUGCUUCCAGAAGCGACGAUAUACGAGAGCUUUUGGAGCAGUCAAAUCACAGCAUAUCGGACGCAGGCGAAGCUUUUGUUGUGUUUACGGCGGAAAACUCCGAAACUGCGGUCAAAGAAGCUAGCGACGUCGUCAAGGAACUCAGGUCAAAGGGCAACUCGGUUUCUCGCUAUGACGAAUUAGAAACGGUCAACGACUACGUCAAGCAACUCGCUGCCGCGCAAGUCGAAAAGAACGUUGUCAGUGGCGUGUGA